UGACUGACGCCUCCUGUCACACUUCAGAACAAGGAAGUGCGCUCGCGCUGUUUGCUCAAACAUGCGCACUUUUCUGCGACAACACUUUAUUUGCCUAAAAACACGCUGCCUUUAGACUGCGGGACUAAACGUAGCAGAUCUUGGAGCAGUAAAGUGUAAGAAAUGGUGACAUCUGCCGUGGAGAACUCAGCUCUGAGGCGCACUGUGGAUAAAGUGAGAGGGUUGAUGCAGUAUCCUCCAUCGUAUGGCACCAUGGAUGAACCCUGCUCUGGAGACAUCACCUGCCCCACCUGCAGAGGCACAGGCCGCAUACCCAGAGGUCACGAAGACCAGCUUGUUGCUGUAAUACCGUGCAAUGACAAACGCUUGAAACCAAGUCGCACAAAACUGUACGUCUGUAUAUCCACGACUCUUUGCUUGUUGAUUUCUUGUUUGGUUCUCUUCUUCCUGUUUCCUCGGAGCGUCACUUUGACCCCCGUGUCUUUGCUGUCCGCCACCGUGUUCUUUACCAACAAAACUGUUGAAAUGGAAAUCACAAACGUUUUUAACAUCACCAAUGGAAACUUUGUGCCAGUUCAUAUCGUAGAGCUCAAACUUAAAGGGCUCAUACUGGACACCAUAGUGGGCAAUACAACUUUAAAAAACUCUACCCUCAUCAACUCCCAGUCACAGAAAUCAUACAAAAUCUUAACCAACCUGUCCAUCAAAGAUCCAGGCCUAAACACCUACUGCAAGACCAGCUUCAGGAUUCACACCAUAUUUGUGGCACUACAAAUGACCCUGAACAUCUCAUAUCUCUCACACAUGGAGCAGCUCUCACUGGAGACCUAUGAAUAUGUCGAUUGUGGCACCAACUCCACUGUCCCUCACCCCAUCAGUGCAGACGUCAUCAAAUAAAAACUAAUUAUAAAUGGAAUCAAAUAAAUCUGUUAUGUGCUAUCACUACAGUGGGAUAAUGAGUUCUCUCCCAUACGGUUUAUAAUGUGAAUACAAUUGAAGGUAAUUUUCAGCUUGUUUUGUUAGCACUAUCGGGCAUUAUUCUGCUCAUGGUACGUUUUACAGCUUAUGUCUAAAGAAGGAUUCAUGUUAUUUUACAUCUCUGUCAUAGAUGAGGAAAAAUUCAACAAAAAUAAGUCUGGUAUGUUAACUAUGUCUGGUAUGAUUCUAUAUUAUACAAAAUUUACUUUUGUGAGCUUUAAACCAUGUUAGAAAACAUACGUGGCAUUGUGUUUGAGUAAUCCCUUAUUAUUAGUCUGACUAUAUCUCCAAUUCUCAAAAUGCUCUGUUCCACCUUGUGAUGUCAGAUAGUGGUAGUUGUAGGUGGGUGGAACAGAGUGUUAUCUAUUGGAGAGAAGAUUUCAGCCUAAAUGCAGAAUUUUGUGUCUUAGACAUGUUUGAAUGUACAUGUUUUUGAUGAGGAAACAACAUUAUAACCUAGAUUAGAAAAUAGUGUAAUAUGGGCCCUUUAACCCAUAGCCUUAAAUUUCUGCUCUUAAGAUUUUUUGUGUACAUUUGUCAGUGUUAAUUUGUGUUUUGCAGAUCUACUUCCCUUUACAUUAUCUUUGUGUUUACAUACCUUGUAGCACUUUAUGUCACAGAAAAAAUGAAGCACUUUUGCAAUAAAUAACGUGAUUAUUUA